AUGGGAGGAGAAGCAGCAGCCAUAGUAUGUGGUGCAGGAGAUCUGAAUCUUGGAAAACAGUAUAUUCAAUGCGUUUUGAGUUGGAACACUUCUCAGUCGAUCCAAGGUAUGCUAAAUCGUCUGACUCUGUUUCACUUUUCGUUUCUUUUUGAGUCCGCCUUCUUUUUUGUUCUUCCCGUUUCUGAAUAUGGGCUCUGUGUUGUUACUCUUAUGCUUAUACGUCUGGUUGGCCGGGCAAAAGUAUUUUGGGUUGCUGUUUGGUGCAGGGCAGCAUCAGUUUUGGACUACUUUGUGCAGUUUUUUAUUGGACGGCUGCUUCAAAAGGGUGAGCAUGAAGUUUGGACACAAAAGCUUGAAGUUGAUAAAUAUAAAUUCCAUGGAACACUUGGGGAAUUGUUGAAACGUGAAAGCUUUUAG